AAGUGGAACAGUGCAGUUUUACUUUUAGACGAAAUAUAUUGUCAUAAAGUUCUAGAUGCUAUAUGUUGUUUCCUCGCUUAGACUUGCCAUGUUGAGAUACUAAACUAAGAUGGCAGAUCCGAUAUUUCAAAAUGUUUUUGAUAUUUAUAAACAGAGGAAAGAUAUAAUUUCAAAAGGACAUUCUUGUGAUCUUUAGGAGUUCAGUCAUGGAGGAGAGAAAUCGAGAGAGCUCUAUAUGGCACCCAUGUCUUAAACAAUCUCACAACUUAUUCCAAGUGUUUAGACUUCAUUGAGAAAAUCCCAGACAUACCAGACAUUGACGCCAACGAGGCUAGAAAGAUCUUCAUUCAUCAGUUUGUAGAAACGUUCUCACCAGUUUCACAUCUUGGACAUAACUUGUAUGUACAUGCUUUGGUGGAUGAAAAUGAAGACGUUCUCCAUGCACUUAACAGAUACUGCAAUGUAGAUUUUACUUUGAAAACCCUCUUCAUCUGGCUGUAGAGUGUCAUCUUCUUCCUAUGAUGGAAUUUUUAGUGGAUGAAGAUGUGGAUGUGAAUUGUGUUGAUGACAAAGGUAACACACCACUGCAUAACGUACUGAAAUAUCACCGAGAGAAUGUAGAGCUUAAAAGGAAGUUCGAUAGAAGUUUAUUCUAUAAAGUUCUGAACUUUUUAAAGAGCAAGGGUGCCAGGUUAUUAGUUCGUAGCAAAAAGGGAAGAACACCGCUACAGUAUGCCAUCAUAUAUAAACACAUUACAGACAUGAAUGAGUUCAUUGAUACAUAUAGUGAUUUCAGCGACUUCAAUCAUGAAACUCGUAUAGAAAUCUUGGAAUUUUAUGCAGCAAAGCAGAUAUUCAGUGUCGAUGAGAAUGAUUCCGUUGGAGGAGUAAACACCUACAAACGUGCUUUGGUUGAAAGAAGAAAACACAGUAUUCCAAAUUCUAGCAAAAUGCCCCGAAGGGAAAUUUUCUUUGACAGUGUAGUAGAACCUGAUACAGAAAAUUCUGAGUUUUUGGACUUAAUUUGCACUGCAGGAGAGAAAAAGAGAAGACUUAUUCUUGGCCUCCUGAUUUAUGAAAGAAUUAUAGGAUGUGGCAAUUUUUGUUAUCUGAAUGGAUGCAAUGUGUAUUUCGAACUUUUAUGUAAAGGAGUUUGUGAGGAAAAUAUGGCGACCCAUCGUCUUUGGAAGAGUUUGAAAUAUCAUUUUAAUUUCCUGAAAAAUGAAAAGGUUUUGGAUAAAAGGCUCAAUACUUUUUAUGAUAUGAGGUCAGCAAUAAAAAGUUAUGAAGAUCCUUGCAGUGUUGCCAAUGUAACUCAGAGACCUGUUCAUCUAUAUCACUUUUACUGUAACAGUGACAAAUACACAACAAAGGAAUUAUUGGAUGUGUUAAUGUUUUUCCAUGUGAGUGCCUUUCAGAUGAAGAUUGAACUUGGUGUUUUACCUUCUGAAAAUGAUAAACUUGAUUUAUUAUAUUUGAUGGACACUAUAUUAUCAAGAAGUUUAUCAGCGGAAGAUACCUGCAAUCUAAGGAAGGCAAUGGAAGCCAUUGUCAGUGCAUGGAAUUCCAGCGAGUGUGGACCAAUCGGAUUGAUGCAUAGUAUCGUGUGUCCUAUGUUGUUACUGGACAGUGAUUAUAAGGAUGACGAUCAUAAAUUUAGUCAUGGUCCAGAAAUUAUGGAGAUGCUCCUAGACAGUGGAGCCUCAAUUCAUGAGUUAAAUGAAUUGAAACUGAACAUUCUGCAUUGGUUUUUUACAACUAGCAUUGAAAAUUUUGAUGAAAAUAUAUACCAGUGUUUUCCGGAAGACGAAGUUGAAAGUAGGAAUGGUCAGCUGAGGAGAAUUGUUAAGAUUGCAGCAGAGAGAGGACUGCAUGUAGAUCAGAGAACUAAUGAAGAUCAUGCAUUUCAAACUGCACUGGAUCAAGCUGGGGCACAGAAUUUUAUCCUAUUCUGAAUAAUCCCAAGUACAGAAGUCUUAAAUGUCUUGCAGCAUCUGUUAUUAUAGAGGAAAACAUUUCCGAUAGGAAUGAGAUUCCAACAGAACUUGUUCAUUGGAUUGACUU